AUGCCAGCAAGCACACGAGCCACUCGUUCUACAGCAAAUUCAGCGACCUCAAGGCCAAGGACUCCUGAUGAGCAAUCUCUACAAAGCCCAACAAUCAUGCCACCCAGCAAAAAAACCAAGCUCAAGGACAGCGGCACACAAACCAAGAGGUCGAAGCCUAACGCAAUACCAAGUACAGAGAGACGAACGAAAAAGCCAAAGAACGAAGCUCAUGACGCGAAGAGCAAGCCCAAGAGCAGCGUCAGCCAGGACACCUCAGAUAAAGUCAUGGUCUUAAAACGACCUGGAAAACAACCAUCUUCUUCAUCAGGACUUUACGGUGGUGACGAAGAUAGUGGAGAGUCUCAAGAUGAUUCUCAACUUUCCCUUCCAGAAAGUACUAAGAACAAAGAGAAAGCAGCUGAAUUCAUAUCCCCGAAACUCUUCAAACGGGCCAAAGCUGUCUCCUGGGAUUCGGCUGCUUCUAAUAUGACCGGUAAAACCGGUCCAGUCACUGAGACUAUUGUACAGGCUGGGAGGAAACGAAAAAGGAAUGUUUUGAAAGAUGUUUCACUCAAAAAGAAGAAACAAGGUGCUGAGACGAAGCGGAACCGAUGGGGCGAGACUCUCAGUGAAGAAGAGGAGAGGGAGAAAGAAGAAGACGGUGAUGAGCUAUCUCCUUCACUGAACCCUUCGCCUACUACUCUCGAAAUGUUGAUUCGAGGAGUCAAGCGAAAGGUCAAUAAAGCAUUUGUGAGGUCUCCCAAAAGUACGAUAGGGCCACGGCGCUCUAUCGAUGGAGAGAAAGACUUCAGCUUGUACGGCUUUCCUCCCACGCCAGGUGUAUCAAGAAGCAUCGAAGUCGCGAGUUGGCCUCCUAUAACUCUAAGUGCGGAAGAAGUCAAGGUUCUCUUUGAACAACUAUGUCAAGACUGUCACUUCGUGAAGGCUUCCUUGACUUGGAUUCCAUGGGGGUCAGUUGACAGCGAAAAACGAACCAUAUCAUGGACGUAUCCUUUGUCUGACGAUGACAAAAUUUCGUCCCAUCCAAAUCCGCCUGUGCAGGAAGCCGGAAAAAGAAGAGGUUCAUCAAGUACUCCAGAAUCUCUAGGCUUUGGAUCCCUCUAUCGUGAUUUCUACGAGACCAUUGAUGCCUUGGAUUUACACCUCACCUUUACAUUGACGAAGAAUGGUGAACCAUAUGUGGUAUCGGAGAUAGGCCUGAAUCCUCUCGAACGAAGAGUAGGGCCCCGUGGCGAAACAGUAGUAAGCUGGCGGGAAAGAUACAAGCACGAUUGGGACAUGGAUGAUGACGGGAACUACCAUGCAAGAGAGAGAGACAAUAAGUCCUUCGCGAUAAUCGCCGAGUCAAAAUAUGUGCCCCUUGGCUCACGGGAUGGAGUGGCAAGCGAGCUGUUUUCGAGUGGCUCUAAACAUAAAGAUGCUAGAAUGAGUUCAUUGUCGCCCGGGAAAGGGAGAGACAAGAGAAGAGUUUCAAAUGACCUUUCACUUUCAGAGGCACAAGAAUAUGAUUCAGAGGAAUCUUUCCACGCCUCUAAAACCAGGAGACGACAAUCACUUUCCAGUAACCCAAUGUCACCUCGCGCUCGUCUACCAUCAAAGCCGGCAAAACAGCAGCUGAAUUCCCCUUCUGUUCUUGCACAGAAAGAUGGAACAGAGCAAGACUCAGACGACGAUGAACGUGCAGCAGACCCAGAGCUAUACAGAAGACUUCAAGAAAGACUGAAGGAAUUGUCCGUUGGCGCUCCAAUGAUCUGCUGGACGCCGCGACUAUUCAUGAAAGAGGAUGGAACUCGCCGAUCCCUCAAGGAACGUCUAGAAUUACAAAUCAUAUACCGUGAGGCAGAGGCAAAAGACCGUGAGGAAGAAGCCAUGAAGACCCGUACUAUUAGGACAAGAAAUCUGAGUUUUGACGAACAAGAAGAUACGAGCUUUGGAGAUCCAUCAAAAGGUUGGUUCAAAGAGAUUGUAGCCACGCCUAUGAGCAUAAGCCACGAAGAAGCCGAGAAAAGACUCAACUAUCUUGCAGGAAUGGGCUCACCAAUCUGGGCCAAACCAGCUGCGAGACGAAAUAGCUGGGUACGAAAGUAUGAAAUAUUCGAUCCAGCGUCUCGUCCUCAUGGCAUUUGUAAUUGCCCUCCAAAGAAAGCGUCAAUCUUCCCUGUGUGGUCAAAACUCCAAGUCUCAGGGAAAGAUCCAAAGUCUCCCAUGAGAUCAGGUGCAAUUUUGGAGCUUAGAGGUCAAUGCCGCACUUGUGGCAAGCUGAUUUCGAAGACGGAUUCAAGGGGUAUAGGAGAGAAGAAUGCUCCUACUGGUGAGCCAGGGCAAGAUAUGGUAGAACACGAUGAAGCAAUUGUAGCUACGAAUGGCCGUCAUCAUGUCCACUUUGCAAAUCAGGGGGUAGAGGAAGACGACAGAUGGAUCUUAGGAGCGCCUCCACCGCUUAAAAAUGGGGUAAAAGCAGGCUCAAGCAAGAAUAGGAAACGUAACCCCGCCGCCAAGAAAAAGUCCAAAAAAAGAGCUGCUGUUACUAAUAAGAAAGCCAUUUCAACGGAUUCCCAGUCGAAGAUCGCACCCAAGACGCAAGAGGCAAAGAAAAGGAAGAAGCCAGCAAAGAAAGUGGUGUAA